AUGCACGUCCCAUCCAACAAGACGGGUCUGGUUAUAGGUAAAGGAGGAGAAACUAUUAAGCAGAUAAAUGCGGAAAGUGGUGCUCACUGUGAAUUGUCUCGCGAUCCUCCACCAAAUCCCCAGGAAAAGGUGUUUAUAAUUCGUGGUACUCCAUAUCAAGUGCAUCAUGCACAGCAUAUUAUUCGAAUCAAGGUUGGCGAUAUUGCUCCAGGCACUCCAGUGCCUCCUUUCACGGGCGCCGGUGCGCCGAACGGUAGUAACUUUAGUGUUUCGCAGUAUAAUGGGCAAUAUGGUGCCAGCCUUUGGAACAAUACAUAUGGUACAUACGGUCAACAAGCUGAUGCUGGGAACGGUUGGGCAAAUCAAGCCGGACAGUAUUACACCGGAGCAGCAGCAGCUAACGCCCAGAACUCGUAUGGCAAUAUGCAGGGUUACACCUACGUACCUCAGUCUGGUGCCCAAGCUGCAGCAGCAUCGCAAAGUUCAAGUACUACUUCAUCCGGGCCGACCAUCAAUCCUCAAACAGGACAACCUGACUAUUCGGCUCAAUGGGCAGAGUAUUAUAGGUCAAUGGGUCUGCACGAUCAAGCAGCGUUGAUUGAGGCUCAGAUGAAGCAGAACCAGGCUCGCACUGCAGCAGGAGCGUCGGCGAACCCACCACCACCAGGAACGACGCCCACACAGUCGACAUUCUCGAAUGCAACUUACCCAGCAACAUCUGCCGCCACUGCAACAUCACAGUACUCUGGCUAUUCAGGUGCACAAACGCAAAAUUUUCCCGCCACGGGACAGUUUCAGUCUCAGCAGCAGCAGUUUUGA